AUGGAUCAAUCCAUCAUCCGCAUCUCCAAGGUUUGGCCGCUUCACAAGUCGGUUUGCAGGCCCAUUGCUGUCGCUUGCCGUGAUGUCGACGUUCGUAAUGUCAGGGCUCUGAUCAUGGGCCCGCACGAGACUCCCUAUGAAUUUGGGUUCUUUGAGUCAAACUAUCCUUCAAAGUCCCCCAAUGUUCAGGGCAUUACGACGAAUGGAGGGCGCUGUCGAUUUAACCCCAAUAUCUACUCAAGUGGCAAAGUUUGUCUGUCGAUCUUAGGCACAUGGAGAGGGGAGCGCGGUGAAGAAUGGUCAUCAGCGCAGGGGCUCGAGUCGAUAUUGUUAUCAAUACAGAGCUUAAUGUCAGCAAACCCUUAUGAAAACGAACCUGGGUUCGAGAAUGCGAAUGAAGCAUCCGAUAAACAAGCUCAAAAGCACUACGUCCAAAAGAUACGACACGAAACUUUGAGGAUCUCUGUUAUUCAACGUCUCGAAGGGUACCUGGGACUGCAACCCAAUGGCGCCAGUGCGCCCUCCGAAAGCCUGGAUUCCAACGAUUUGGACUAUGACGAGCAGCUAGAGGAGGCCAACAACCCCUUUGAGCCGUUCAAGGACCUUUGCAAACGUCGGUUUCUUUGGUAUUAUGAUUCAUACAUGGCUGCUGUGACUCAAAGUAAAUCUGAGGUGGAAGUUCUGCAGCCGUUUGUCAGGAUGCCCUUCGAGUCCCCGGGGUCCAAUUCGAUGGAUGGCCGUUUCAACUAUCCGGAGCUCGAGCGUAGGCUCAAAACCAUUAAAGAAACGCUUGAUGCGGAAACAAACCGCUGGGCAGAAGAGGGUCUCACAUCUAAGGCAGGAGAGUCGACAGUGGCCGUCAAUUUGCAGCAUCAAUUUGACCAAGUGUCGGCUUACCUGAAGCGGGGCGAUAUGCCGCACAGCGUGGUCCUGGAAAAUAAUAAUCCUUUUGUCUGGUUGAUUACAUACUUUGGAAGGCCGAUGACGAAUCUCGAUGGGGGACUCUUCCGCAUCAGAAUGACCUUUAGCACUCGGUUUCCAAAUGAGCAACCACGAGUCAAGUUUGAGACAAAGAUUUUCCAUCAUCUUAUUGCGGCUGAUGGAACGGCAUGCUACAUCCCUAACCCGAUGAGGGUAGAGGACGUCAAGUCUCACAUCGACGCCAUCUUCGAGAUGCUUGAAGAAGAUGAGCCAGCAUAUGACCCAAGGAAGAUUGUCAAUCCCGAGGCUACUAAGAUGUUCUGGGGAAACAAGCCGGAGGACAAGAAGCAGUACAACCGCCGGCUACGGAGAUCAGUACAGCAGAGCAUGGAGGAAUUCCCCGAGUGAUUGAUUAUUUCUCUUGAGAACAAAGUAACCAUUUAGCGUGCCGUUCUUCACCUGUUGUUCCUGUUUUUCUUCAAGGGUGCAUCCUGCGAUAAGGCUUUGGCGGCGUUCCAGCAGACCUUUUUUUUUUCCCUUGCCCUUUGUGCUUUGUUUCCCUUUUUUUCUCUUGGACGGGUAGUUGGGCUUUAUGGUGCGCCUAGUGACUCAUGGGCGUUUUACCUUCAUUCGAUAUUUCUAGAUGGCGCUGGGGGAGGGAACAGACCAGACUGAUAUUACCGCCCGUGGCGUAUGACUUCACCAUUAACCAACAGCUUGAGAGGGCGUUCAUCCCAUCAAGUGAUGCACUCAAAGCCUAUGAGUAUGAGACACGUUUGAUAUGCCGCCAUCUUGGUUCACACUGAUGCGUCAUCACUAUCAUGUACCCUAUUGGAGGGGAAAGGCAACUCUUAGCUAUAAAAUAGAGUUGACUGGUUCGGUCAUUUCUUCUG